AUCCGCCACCACCAACUUCGUCCUCGACCGCAGCGCCCAGCGCACACUGUACGUCCAGUAACAAUGUCAGGAAGAGAGCCAAUGUGGUUUUGUCACGAGUGUCAUGCGGAGAUGCGCCCGCUCAUGGUCCCAGAUCCUCAUUGCGCAUCAUGUAAUGGGACAUUCGUUGAGAAGCUAGACAAUCCAGCAGACGACCCUCGAGAGUUUGACCACGUUCACGAUGGAUUCGAGGACGAUGCCUUGCCCCAGAAUAUAAAUGGUAUGCUCGCCGGUCUACGAACGAUACUGCAAGGUGGUAUGUCCAACGCCCAGACGGGCGACGGUUCUGGUCCAGCUUCACAGAGAUCGCAGUCGGAAGGUCCACGUGCGAGCUCAAAUGGCUCGAGCACGGGUGGCGGCCCUUUCACAAUCAGGAUAGAUAGGAGGCCAGGAUACCAAACAACAACUAUUAUUGGAGGACGUCCUGGGGCAGGAGGACCCUCCUAUGCAGAAUUCGUCUCUGGCGGGCCGAGUCGACAAGGCGGCGGCGACGCAAUCAAUGGAGCGCUCAUGGCACAGUACCUCCUUGCGAUGCUGGCCAAUCGGCCCGGUCAACGGAAUCCUGGUUCAGUUAAUGACUUGUUUGGAGGCCUGUUCGGUACGCCAGAAGGCGCAGAGAAUGGCAGAUGGGGCGACUAUGUGUUCAACCAGGAGGCAUUGGAUCAGAUCAUCACGCAAAUUAUGGAGAAUUCGAACGCUAACGCACCAGUCCCUGCUACUGAGGAGAUCAUGAAGAAUUUACCAAGAGAGAUACUAGAGGAAGGAUCGCCCCUGUUGGAGAAAGAUUGCGCCGUUUGCAAAGAGCAGUUUCAACUUGGCACUGAGGACCCCGAUGAGCAAAUCAUUGUAACCCUGCCUUGCAAGCAUCCUUUCCACGAACCUUGUAUAAUGCCUUGGCUCAAAUCCAGCGGGACAUGUCCCGUUUGCCGGUACCAACUUAUUCCCCAACCGGAGCACCAGGCUCCAGGCUCCAGACCUCCAGGGGGACCUUCUUCCAAUAAUGGCUCUGGUUCAGGCAACGGCUUCAAUAGUUCCAGAAGUCGAAGUCCCGGUGCCUCGCAAUCAAACCCUUCAUCACCGAAUCAUAGCGGCCCGCAUCACCACGGAGGGUUCCUGAGUCACUUAUUCUCACUUGCUAGUGGCAGCCACAGUCAUCAUCAUGAGAGCAACGAUGGGGACCACAGUCAAGCUGGCUCUAGCAGCAAUCGAACUCAUGAUGGUCAUCGCCGAUCGAGCUCGAGCGACGGCGACCAUGGAGGUAAUAUUCCAGGUGGAUGGGCCGAUCAGCUUGACUGAUUGCUCACUUGGUUAUUCCUGGUGCAGAGCGAUUUGGCUUGGGAAUCUAGGCUAGUACUUUCGUGCGGAUAUGGACUGUGUUGUGAUCUCUCCUGUUCUUGCGUCAGCAUAACGACAACCGGCGGAUGUAUCAUCAGAUUGUAGCUCAGUGAUUAGACUUUCUGUCUCAGGUGUCCUGCGUUAGUUAGGAUGCGGCUGUUCUGGGCACUGUAAGCGCGCACUUUCCAUCGACCAAGCCACGAUAUGACGACCGUCCGUAAACUUGUGGUCCAUUCAACCUGAUGAGAAGACAAAUCGCAUGGAUCGCAU